CCUCGCAGGGCUAUUGUUAUUUAUAGACAUUCAUUUUCAUUCUUCAUUCUUUCAUUCAGAUAUCUUUUAUUCUUUCAUUCUUUCCUUUUUCUGUACAUUAUUAUCUCUUCCUGUGGAGCGGCUGUUUUUUGCUGCCUGUUUGUUAGACACGGCGCUUGCGGCUCUUGGACAGCGCUUCUUUUGGUCCAACUUGACUACAUAUCUUUUAUUCUUCUGCAUACUACUAUUCGAAGCCCCCAAUACACCGGAAUCCUCAGGGUCGUUUCUCACACUGCACAGAGUACAGAGUGUCGCAUACAGAGUGUCGCAUACAGAGUGUCGCAUACAGAGUGUCGCAGGCUCAAACAAUCCACCGCUGAUCGCUGGUGAUCAUCCGUCGUUAUUUCUUUUCCUCGUCUUCUCCAAAUCUUGUUCUCUCGACCUCACCUUCUCGACUGACGCCUUUCCUCGAAUCGUUUCUUGCUCUUCAUUGUUAUAGACCUUCUGAAGGCGCCAUGGGUUGGCCGGUGUGCAAUUCAACGACGGAGAAUCAACCCAUCGACGAGGUUGAAUUAUGGGAUGGCGGACUUACUUUUCAUCAGCUGGCUCUGAUAGCCGGGGGUGCUUUCGCUAUUUUUGCUGGCAUCAUGUCGUUAUACAUCAUUAUGGGCCAUGCGACACAUUACAGCAAGCCGCUGGAACAGCGACACAUUAUUCGAAUCUUGUUGAUGAUUCCGAUCUAUUCCCUCGUCGCGUGGCUUAGUAUCUACUACCAUAAACAAGCAGUCUAUUACAGUGUCAUGGGCGACUGCUACGAAGCAUUUACUAUUUCCGCAUUCUUCGCUCUUAUGUGUCAUUACCUCGCGCCGGAUCUGCAUAGCCAAAAGAAUUACUUUCGUGGAAUCAAACCGAAACAAUGGGUCUGGCCAUUGAACUGGGCGCAAAAGUGCUGCGGAGGGGAAAAUGGAAUCUGGAGAGUUCCUCGGAGUGGCUUGACCUGGUUUAAUGUCAUCUGGGUUGGCGUCUUCCAAUACUGUGUUCUGCGGGUGCUUAUGACUAUCGUCGCGGUUGUCACGCAGCAUUUUGACUUGUACUGCGAAUCCUCAUUGAAUCCGGCAUUCUCGCAUAUUUGGGUUCUGGUCAUUGAAUCCGCUGCAGUCACCAUCGCCAUGUACUGUCUUAUUCAAUUCUAUAUCCAGAUCAAGGAUGAUAUCAAGCAACAUCGGCCAUUUCUCAAGAUUCUCUCCAUCAAGCUGGUUAUUUUCCUUUGCUUCUGGCAAUCGACUAUGAUCUCUUUCCUCUAUUCUUCUGGAGUCAUCAAGGAUUCCGAGAAAAUUCAAGCGCCCGACUGGAAAGUCGGUCUUUCCAAUCUUCUCAUCACCAUUGAAAUGGCUAUAUUCUCCGUUUUGCACCUGUGGGCUUUUGCAUGGAAGGAGUACUCUAUUGACCACGUUCACGACGACGAAGUGACCGACUUCUACGGAAAUGGAAAGGUCAACUACCAAGGCGGACCCUGGGGCAUGAAGGCGCUUCUCGACGCCCUGAACCCGCUUGACCUGCUGAAGGCCAUUGGCCGCAGCUUCCGCUGGCUAUUCGUGGGCCGCAAGAAGCGAACUUUGGACCCCAGCUACCAAGUUCCAUCCGAGCAGAUCGGUCUCAGCCAAGCAGGCAAUGUCCCUACCACCGUCGUAACCACCUACGAAGGCGCCGGUCCUUUCAUGGCCGGCGGAAGAGGAAACUCUCCCCCGGGCGAAGAAGGAGAAGACCUGCUAUCUCACGCACAGCCCAACCCGACUCUCAACCGACUUUCGUCCGGACUAUCACCCUCGCCCUACGAAGACCCACACAAUAGUCGAUUCUACUCUACCAGCCAAGACAGACUUAGCGAUUCUUCCAUGCUGGAUCCCAUGGCACCCACACACCAACCCUUCUCACCCUACGAGCAUGAUUCGUUCAACAACCCCUACAUGAUACCCUCUGACAGCGAACUCGACACACACCGUCACUACCGCCAACCUUCUUCGAACAGCAGCGGACAAGAAUCGGGCGUUACAACCCGUCUAUACCAUCCAAACGACUCCCAGCAUGACCCCAUCCGCAUGCCUGACCCUUACCAACCGCCGCCUCAUGACGACUACGAGCGCGGGCGUAGCAGGUAUUAAAACUGCGCCGUUCUAUCGUCGGAUGGAAUGAGUUUUAAUUUAUGGUGUCAAUGACUUUAAUUUUCCUUUUGCAUUUUGUCUGCUUGUUUCAUGACAAUACCCGCCAUUAUGGCACUCUUUCGCUUUCGUUUUUUGUGAUCUGAUAUAGACCAUUUCUUUUUAUGUACAUGUUUGUUGUUGGAGAUACCAGUUACCAGUCUUGUAUAAAUUUUUCUCUUUUGUCUGUUUUUACACUUUAUUUGUCGAUAAUUGGCUUGGGUCUUCUGUUAAUGCAAAUAUCCAUGGGCAGGUAGAUGCCCGAUGCAAUGAAGUAUAUAGUUGCAUAUACUACUAUACGAUAUUCAUUAACUACGAG